GCGGGGCUGGGCGCGGGGAUGGUACCGGGACUCGGCCGGGUGGAGCCGGUGCCAGCGCCCGUCCCGUUCGCUCCUCUCCCGCAGGCUGGGCCCUGAUGUCUGCACCAUUCUGCGCCUCUCCGGGCCCCUCAAGGAGCAGUACGCCAAGGAGCACGGGCUGGACUUCCAGAGGCUCCUGGACGCCAGCGCCUACAAGGAGAGGUUCCGCCAGGACAUGAUCCGCUGGGGCGAGGAGAAGCGCCGCGCCGACCCCGGCUUCUUCUGCCGGGCAGCGGUGCAGGGGGCACUGCAGCCGGUGUGGGUGGUGAGCGACACGCGGCGCCCGUCAGACGUGGAGUGGUUCCGCGCCGCCUACGGGGACGCGGUGCAGACCGUCAGGGUGGUGGCUACUGAGGAGACGAGGAAGAGGAGGAACUGGGUCUUUGUCGCCGGGGUGGACGAUGCUGAAUCCGAGUGUGGCCUGGACCAGGGAGUGGCCUUUGACUGGGUGAUCACCAACGACGGCGACGAGGUGGCCCUGGGCGAGCAGCUGGAGGUGCUGGUGCAGUCCGUCCACAGGAGCCUAUAGCUCCAUGUCUCUCCGCUGGGGCUGGGGGAUUGCAGCGUCCCCCUUCCCCCCAGCCCCUCAGCAUCUCCCCCUCCACCUCCUGCUGGUGGUUCCUGUUCUGGAAUAAAGCUCUGACACUGAGAACCAC